CAAAGAUGGCGUCCGCGAGUGAGAUACCGAGCUUUGAGAAAUGCCAGCUCAAAGCAACGACCGUACGGGAAAGGAAUGAACUGAUGUUUAAUAAUGAGAUACUCAGUGAUGUGCACUUCAUGGUGGGUAAAGAUAAAGUCCGAAUUCCUGGUCAUAAAUACGUUUUAGCCAUCAGUAGCCCAGUGUUUUUUGCUAUGUUUUACGGUCGAAUGGCUGAACAGGGAUCAGACGUGGCCGUUAGUGACUCCGAGGUUGAAUGUUUUAUGGAACUUCUGCGCUUCAUUUAUACAGACGAAGCAAUUUUGACGCUGGACAAUGCCCUUGGAGUUCUUUAUUUAGCAGAGAAGUACAUGUUGCCGGUGUUAGCAGCCAAGUGUAUCAAUUAUGUCGAAGCGAGUUUAAAUCCCGAGAAUGUUCUAACGGUUCUGAGCCAUGCAAGGUAUUUAGGAAAAGAAGAACUGCAGAAGAGGUGCUGGGAGGUGAUAGACACAUACACGACUCAAGUUCUAGAAUCAGAGGCAUUCCUAGAGCUUGAAAAAGAAACACUGUCGCUUCUGGUACAACGAAACACAAUAUCGGUUAAAGAGAUUCAAAUGUUUAAAGCUAUAAAUUCUUGGUCAGAGAAUGAAUGUCGUCGCCAAGGCAUUAAACCGAUUUCUGACAACAAGAGAGCAGUGUCUUCGCAAGCCAUGAAAUUUAUAAGAUUUCCUCUGAUGACGCCCUUAGAAUUUGCUGACGAAGUUGCCAGAUCUGGAAUGCUUUCCUAUGAAGAAACAACCAACAUAUUUUUAUACUUCUUUUCCACCCGCGAAACCGAACUUCAAUUCUCUAAAAUUCCUCGAAAACCUAGGGAAACUUUGUUGAAGAAGACUUUAAGAUGCUCUAGAUUUAAGAGCUGUUGCGGAAAUGACUGGUUCUGUGACACAAGAAAAUGCGACGCUUUAAAAUUCAUGGUGAACCGAUCGGUUCACAUCAAAGGGAUAGCAGUUUACGGCGCAAGCAAACUUGAAGGUGAUUAUACUGCCAGCGUGCAACUCCUGAAACAGACCAAAGUCCUCGCUGACGGUGAACGUAUAUUUUCUUCUGGUACAAGCGCUUUGUUACACGACGUUCUGUUCGAUAGACCCUAUUUAGUCGACAAGAAUGAAGUGUACACAAUAAACUUGAUGUUACAAGGACCAUGUUCUCAAAGUGGAAGAGACGGAUUUUCCUCUGUUGAAACAGAGGGCGUGACGUUUACAUUUAUUGAAUACACUAGCCCCAAUGGUACAUCAGCAUCUGCUGGGCAAAUCCCUGAAAUUAUCUUUCAGCUUUAAGAAGAAGACAGCAAAAAUUUAUUCCUUAAGCACUGCAUGCCUCAUUAAGUUUAGUCACUUAUAAUAAACUAUGCAUGAUAAUGAUUCAUCCUUUCAAAACUUUAGGGAGAGCUUUGUUUGAUAAGAAUAUCCAUUGUUUUUACUUCUAAGUACAAAAACAAUUUCUAAAACACCCUAUUUGGUUUUGUGAUCAAUUGCCUCAAUUUAAUAACAUUGAAAUUUCAUUGAAUUCUUUCAAACAUUUAAGAGCAAGAACGUUAAAAUUUAGUAUGUAAUUUUGAUAUUGAUGGCUGCAAAUCAUGUCUCAAGUAUUUGUUCCCAAUCUUUAUUGGAUAUUUUGGUUAAAAUGUGUCUCAUUUUAAAAGAUUUUUUAUUCAUGUGUAUUCUAUCAUGCAAGUUGUAUUGUCAUGACAAAGAUAAGCCUAGAAAGAAAUGUGGGAAACAUCAUUUUGCUGCAUUUUGAUCGCAAAUAUUUAUCAGUUGAAUCAUUUUGUAUAAUAACGAAUAUUAUUCCACCAGACUUUAAAUGGAGAUUUUACAAAUUUCUGCAUUGGCUGUGAUUAAUUUUAUUAAAACUGAAAUCAACAUACAGUAGAGACAUAAUUUUUUAAU